GCUUCGCCUCUUUACAAUCCCAAAUCCUCAAAACCUUUCCUCUCUUUUCUAUUUCAGGCACGCCAAGAAAACAACUUCUUCUUACUUUUUACCAUCUCGUCGCGCUCUUUACUUACCUUAUUCUUUUACUCUAUUUUCUAUCUUCUUCUUCUGUCGCGCGACUGCCAUUCCUUCAGCUUUCUCUGUCCCUUUGAUUUUCGAACACCACAAUUGACAUCAUCCUGUCGCGCGCCACAAAUCUUCAUUCAAUAAGUCCGCUUCAGUAAAUCAAAGAUACCGCGUGCCAAGGCCAUAUUCUCCAUAUUCUCCAUAUUCUCUCUUCUCUUUCAACCAGAUACCCAAUUUUUUAUCUAUACCAAAUCUCUCAGCUCAGCUCAGCUCAUCCCAUCUUAUCUCAUCUCACACCAACUUCCAUUAAAAACACCAUGCCUUCCAUAAUUCGCCAAGUCGUCCCGCUCGUCAUCGCCAUCGCCCUCAUCAGCGGCAUCGCUUGGGUCCUUUACCAGGUCUACCUCUCCU